AUGAGUAAUAUCGGAGAAUUGUCAUACUUUCUUGGUUUGCAAAUACAGCAACAAAAAGACAAUAUUCUUCUUUCUCAAGAAAAAUAUGCAAGGAAUCUUGUUGAGAAAUUCAAACUAAACGAAUCAACGCCCAUGGAAACUCCAAUGCCGACUACUGGGAAACUCCAAUCCAAUCCAGGAGAAAGAUCUGUUGAUCAAAAACUAUAUAGAUCCAUGAUAGGAAGCUUGCUAUACUUAACUGCAACAAGGCCAGACAUUGCCUUCAGUGUGGGAUGUUGUGCCAUAUUUCAAGCAGAUCCUAAAGAAUCACAUCUUAAAGCUGUAAAACGAAUCAUAAGAUACGUUAAUGGUACUGUAGAUUACGGUCUAUCAUACUCUAUGGAUACAAACAACAGUCUAGUUGCCUAUUCAAAUGUUGAUUGGGCAGGUUGUGUUGAAGAUCGGAAAAGCACCUCUGGUGGUUGCUUCUAUAUUGGUCAAAAUCUUGUUGCUUGGCACAACAAGAAACAGAAUUCACAGUAUUUAUCAACCUGUGAAACAGAAUACAUUGCUGCUGGUUGA